AGACUUAAGAGCAUGAACAACAAUAAUAAUAAUAAUAACGACAAGUCAACAAUCGAUGAUGAUGACCUGCCACAGCAUAUAUUGAAGGAACCGAAACAACAAUCACAACUGCAGCAACAACUACAACCAUACAAGGACAAGGAUAUUGGAGAGUGCAAGACAUGCCAUGCUAUGAGUGGCACGAUAAUCGGUGCAUCAGGCAUCUAUUCAUUGAUGAUACGCAAGAGUCAUCCAGAGAGCAAAGGAUUCCUUACAUUGAUCGGUGCAUCAACUCUAUCAUUCGGUGUCUAUUGGAUACUGGAACCACAUCUACUCGAACGUGGAUGGCUCAAAUCACCUCUUAAGCUG